UUAAUAUUAUAGCAUUUAACAUACUCAGUCAUAGGUUCAUAACAAAAAUUAUGGUAUGUUAUGAAUAUUUAUAUUAAAAUAUGAAACUAAAUUCUGCAUGAAGAACUGAACAGACCAUUUAAUUUACAUAUUUACGGUAUGAUGAUCAGAAACCACAACAAAUACAGUUUUUCGUGAACUCACAAGAACCGAUAAGUGGCGUCAAGGUUUCCGUCCUAGACCUCGACACUUGCUGGUGAUCGUGGUCCGGAGAUGGCUGACAAGAUGUACGCCGACGAUGUUCAUAAUAAUACCAAAAUCUCCGGAACGUUAUAACAUAUUAUAAGUGUUAUUAUACGCCAGUUUAGACGGUUACGUUCACAGUAAUGUUAUUAAGUACAACAUUAUUAUAAUAUUAAGUUAUGCAUGAUAUUAUUUUAUUCGGGUUUUAAAUAAUCAAGUCGAUUCGUCUAAUCCUACCGACCGUGGUUAGUCACGUUUAGGCGAAAUACAUAGGUACACACGUCCAGGCAAAGAGGUAUAAUAUAUUAUUACGCAUGUAUGCUGUAUAAUGUUAAUGUGUGUCGGUGAACGCCGCCUGCCCACCCGCCAGUUCCGGCGGCACGCCGCGCAAAGGACGCGCGCACAGGUGGUGGCCAUCGGAAAUAAAGAUAAAUACUCGUCGUCGCCACUGAGGUCAGACGUGAACGCUACUGCUGCCGUGAACUUGCCACCGCCGUCGUGCCCGCGGCUAUUUUAAUAGGACGACUACGACGACGAAGAGGGCGGCGACGGAAACAGCAAAAUUAUAGCAAUAUAAUAGUAUUUUAUCAUUAGGUGGGUAAUGGUUAAGUGAUAGUCGCUGCAGCAAGUCGAUAUCGAAGUCGCUGUCGUGGUCCGAAAAUACAAAAAUCACACGUGCCGUUCAAAACGAAACGAACGCGAUGAGACGAUUUUUUGAAAAAGAUAUAAUAGCAAUUAGCGUGUGCUUUUUGUGGUGUUGUACCGUCACAUUAACAUGGAGACCAAACUUUCAAUCAACGAAAUGGAUGCAUCAGAUAUCUAAUGAUAAUUUAACGGAUAUACCAAAAUCUGUUAUACAGCUUCAAGACAAAUAUUUGUAUCCUGCAAGGCUUUUUUUGCAAAACAUGUUCAGCUCACAGCAUCAUAUAGACAAAUCUCGGAUGCUACAGAAAACUCAAAAGAGAGUACUGAAGUCAUCCAAGUUUUUUUGUAACACCAAUGGAACUAGAUCUGAAACAAGGCCAACGUCUGUACAUGAACUAAGACCAGGUGACUUAGAUGUAAUCGGCAGUGUUGGAGAUUCUUUGACAGUCGGGACGGGAAGCUUUUCGUAUUUUUUACCACAAUUAGUCGUCGAUCAUCGUGGGUCAUCAUGGACAGCUGGUGGAAAAGGUACAUGGAGAGAAUUUUUAACUUUACCAAAUAUUUUGAAAGUCUUUAAUCCUAAAUUGAUUGGCUAUGCGUAUGACGAUGCAUUGGCUGAACAGCGUUUUUCUCAAUUUAACGUAGCUGAAGUCGGUGCUCUCAGUAGAGACUUACCAUUUAUGACAAGAGAACUGGUGAAAAGAAUCAAAAUGGAUAAGAGGGUUAAUAUAACAGAAGACUGGAAGUUAGUUACAAUGAUGAUGAGUUCGAAUACAUUUUGCUUAGAACUGUGUUACGAAGAUUAUACUACGUAUGCUGAAAAACAUAGACAAGAAGUUUUAGAGGCAUUACUAUAUAUAAAAAAACAUUUGCCACGAACUAUAGUCAACUUCAUUCUAAGUCCAAAUUUAGAAAUUUUACUUAGUUUUACAAAUCUGCCAUGGAUUUGCUUUUUCACUCAUAUCCUAGAGUGCCCAUGUUUGUAUUCGACACAACACCAAGAUAAAUUGUCAGAUUAUAUAAAAGUGAUGAAACAGUUUCAAGAAGUUGAGAAAGAAAUAAUGGAAAAUGAAGAACUGAAGAAUAAAGAAGAUUUUGCAGUUGUUCUCCAAACAUUUCCAGAACAUCUGAAAUUCCCAUUAAAUCGGUUUAAUACUACAGAUACAACGUAUUUGGCGAGUGAUUGUUUUCAUUUCAGUCAAAAAGGUUAUGCCAGAGCUGCAAAUGCUUUAUGGAACAACAUGAUGGAACCAGUUGGCCGUAAAUCGACAGACUGGUCUAAAGAAUUCGAUCGAUUUAUUUGUCCAUCAACAGAGUCCCCAUACAUUAGUACGUGGAAAAACAGCAUAUGAUUGUGAUUGCAGGUUCUAACUUCUAAGUACGUUUUUUACACUUGAAUAUCUUUGAUAUGUUUUACAGUAGCUAUUUGUUUAUUCUCACCAAUAUAUUAUGUAUAUAAUAUGUGUAUGAUAGUGCUUAUACGUUAUAGUAUUAGUUCACAUUGUCUCAUUUCGUUACCUAUUAUUUCUAUUGAUUUUGAUCAUAUUGAUAAUAUUCUAAAUCUCAUAGUUAUGUAUAUAGUUUAUCGAUAUAAACAAUUAACUUUAUAUCGUUUUAAUUGUAUUUUAUCUUGUAUAAUAUCCAAAGUAGGUACUCUUAACAAUAUUCUUAUUAAGUAAAUUUUUUUUAUUAUUUGAAAUUACGAGCAUUCAUAUUUUUAAUUUUACGUGAAUAGAUAAUAUCAUGCAGUUAUAUUUUAAUAACUGAACAAUUUUAUGGAGAUCCGUAAAACUAUUUAUCGUUUAAAUCGUAUUACACAGUACCUACAUAUAAUAGUUAAUCUAUGUUAACAUAGGUGCUAGUACUUGCUAAAAGCCUAAAAGUCUUUACGACUUACCGCGUAGUAUAAAAUACUGUUAAAAGUUUAUGGCCAUCAUAAUAAAUUGUAGUUGUCACUAUAUACGCUUUCAAUUUUUUUAGUUUUUAAUACAACGUAUUGUAGAGAAAAAAAUAUAAAUUAAUAAUUAAUGAACAUAUAUUAUAGGUACCUAUUUAAAAAUAUAUUUUGUUUUAUUAUUUAUAUGCAUUAUGCAUUGACUGAUGCUACAGUUAAAACAACAGUAUGUUUAAAAUUUACUAAAUAUAUGUAGGUAGAUACAUAUAGGUAUCAAAUUUAGAUUCUCGACAAUUUUAAAAAUUAUUCAUGUUAGGUUUUUGUCUAUUUAAGAUUAAGUUUUUAGUUCUCAAUGUUUACCUAAUUUUUAUUUUAAUAUUGUAUAAAUCAUUAAUCAAAAGUUAUUAAUUAUUUAAGAAAUACUAUAAGUUAGAUUUAGUCAUUUCAACUAAAUUAAUUUAAGGUUAUUAAUAGUUACAACCGAUUCUAGUAUUUUUUUUUAUCAAGUAAUUUGUAUUGUACAUAGUAUUUUUAUAAUGUAUUAGUUUUUAAAAUAUUUUUUCCUGUCAUUUCGUAAAAGAAAUUGUAUCUAAAAAUAAAUGUAUUAAUUGAACCGAUGUAA